AUGUCUGGUACUGAUGACCUUACUGAUUAUCUUUAUCUCAUUCUUGCUGAAUUAGCGAAGAAAGUUGAGGAGAACAAAAAUAAUGGAGGAAGAACUGCACUUAAGAUUGCAGACAAAGCUGACAAAAGUUAUGUUGACGAAGAGAUACGUAAAGUUGCAUCUAAAGAAUAUACUUUAUCACAGUCUGUCAUACUUAAGACAAUCAAAGGUCCAGAGAAAGAUAUUUACCCAGGUGAUGGUACAACAGUUAAAGUUAAUGAAAGAGUUUCAUUCCCAUCUGGUAUUGAUGCAAAAGAAGUAUAUAUUAAUAGUGAAAACAUCAAUACAACAUUGAUUCCUUUGAAAAAUAAUGAGUUCACUGAACCUUUGACAGUUAAAUCAAUUCGUUCAAGAGAAGACAAACCUGUUAUAAUCAAUAAAAUAGGAGCUGAUAAUGACCAACCAGUUCAAAUCAAGAAAAUAAGAGCUGAUGACAUUAUCUUGAACUAUACUUUAGGUUCAAGUGCUCCACAAGAAGAUCCAAGCACUAGCGUAAAAGAUACUCUUAACAGUUUAGAUAGUAAAUGUACGAACAUUGAAGGUCAUGCCAGAAACUUCGAAGUAUAUGAACUACCAGCAAUGUUAGAUAAGAAAGCUGACAAGAACCAUGUUCAUUAUAUAAGUUCAGACGAACAGAUUAUAACGGACUACCAUGGAUAUUUAACACGAAGUGAUGAAGCGAAGACAAAAAAUGUUAAUGAAAGAAGAUAUAAAUACAUUCGUGCUAAAGGUUAUGACAUAAGCUGUACUGUACAGUAUGAUGUAGCUAAAGCACCAGAAGCAUUUGGUUAUACCGGUGAAAUUUAUGCCUCUACUUUCAAUGUUAACGGUGUAUUAGUUGAACCAAGAUUUACUUUGAGAGUUAAGGCAAAAAUAACGUUUGAAGAUGCUAUUAAAAGUAAAGCUGACAAAACAGAACUCGAAGCAAUGAACAAAGUUUUGAAAUCUCAUAAACACAACAUCUCCGAUAUAAAUGAACUUCAAGCUACAUUAGACAGUAAAGCUGACAAGAACCAUACAAACGAAUCCUUCACUACUGUUAGAGCAGACGACAUAAUAUUGAACUUUGACCUUGGUUCAAGUGCACCUUUAGAGAAUCCGAGUACAAGCGUAAAAGAUACUCUUAACAAUUUAGAUAAGAGUUGCAGGAAUAUCGAAGAUCAUGCCAGAAACUUUGAAGCAUAUGAACUACCCGCAAUGUUAGAUAAGAAAGCUGACAAAACUUAUGUGGAUGCAGAACUAACAAAGAAAUUUUCGAAACCAGAUACAAUGACAUUUACAACAGAAAUUAUAAAUGGUGAACCAGCAACUCCAUUUGAAUUUGUUAGAGGUCUUCAACCAGAUACUUUUGAAUUUUUCUUGGAUAAUUCUAUUGAACUAACAUUACAUUAUAAAAGUGGAACAAAUGCAACAUUUCAUCCGGGAGAUACAUUCCAAAUGGUAUUUAAUGACAUAAGUUCUUUAGAAUAUGUUUAUAGAGUUAUGAGCAUAUAUGAUUUAAUAUAUCCUAUAGGAGCUGUUUAUAC